AUGGAAAGGAACGAUCCCCACGCGCUCGCUCUGCAAUACCAAGGCGACCCGACGCCAUCGUCGUCACCUGCUUGCUGCCUGCACUCGCCGACCUCCUCCCUCCCUACCCUACCUACCUACCUAGGUAGCGCACCGCGGCGCAGACAAACUGCCACAGCACCAACAAGCAAUCAAGCAAGCAAACCCAAAAUCAAUCGAGACAGAGACAGACGGACAGAAAACGACGAAAAAGAAAGAAGACCGACUAAUUACCGUAUCUCAGAACCCAACAACUGUACUAACAACGAUGACGAUGAUGGUGGUGAUGAUGAUGACGAUGACAAGACAUGGAACAAACAAUGA